CAUCUGAACCAUCUGGAGAUGACGACACUCCUGUCGCAUCUGAACCAUCUGGAGAUGACGACACUCCUGUCGCAUCUGAACCAUCUGGAGAUGAUUCCGAUAGUGAUUAUGAAGCCGAAUCUGAUCCAGAAGGUAGUAGCAGUGAUGAGGCUGAUUUCAUUCCAUUUCGGUUUGUACGUGGACGUCAAAGUAACUCUGUGGCAGUUUCUGUCAGUGAUAAUAAGGAGAGUGAAGCCAUGCCUGUUGACCAUUCAGUACCUAAUACCUCACCUGCCCAUGCCUCUGCAAGUGUUCAAAGUGCAAAAGUCUCAAGCUCCAGUUGCAGUAUUAAUGUGAUGACCACUUCAAACAACAACUGUAGAAAGUGGGACAAACCUCAGUACUGUAAAUUUUGUAGUCAACCACAAAAGAAACUGCCGAGGCAUCUGCUUACACCACAACAUGUCAACGAGACUGAGGUUCAGCAAUGGAUUGCAACUAAAGACAUGAAAGAAAAGGCAAACUUGCUAGCUAAAAUGAGAAAUUACGGAAACUAUCGUCACAAUGUCAAAGUCCUUCAAGAAAAUAAAGGUACCUUGAUUGUUGCAUACAGACCGAAAUAUGAUGUGGAUCCAGAAGAAUAUUUGCCAUGUAGUCAUUGUUAUGCUUUCUAUUCCAAGGAUGAUUUGUACAGGCAUGUUCAUAGAUGUAAAUUGCGACCAGAUGUUGAGGAUGAGGAUGAGACCUGUGAACCACCCAAGAAGAAAAAAGAACCUUACAUGUUCAAACUGGUAGAAUGAUGCUUCCAGGCCCAUCAGGAGUAAGCCCAAAGGUGCACAUGAUAUUAUCAAUGGGAGUCGAUGAUGAUAUAUUGAGAGUUGUGAAAUCAGAUAGAUUAAUGCAGCAAGUAGCAGAGAGGCUGACAUUGAAGCAUGGGCAUGACAAAGACCAGUAUUCAUAUAUACGGCAAAAAUUGCGUGAACUUGCACGACUGGUUCGUGAGUACAGAAAAUUGAAUGAUCACCCAUCGGCUUCAUUAGUAGAUUUGAUUUGUCCUACCAAAUUUAAUGAGGUCAUAGCUGCAACUAGGAAGGCUGCAGGAUUUAAUGAGGAUACACAUUUGUACACAACACCUAGCCUGGCACUGAAAGUCGGAUAUACACUGGUGACGGCUGCCAAAGUCCUUAUGGGAAAUGCUCUGUUGCAAGCAGAUGCUGGUUUGGAAAAGAAAUGCAAACAGUUCAUCAAAUCAUAUACUCUCAAGUGGGAAGCAGAAGUAAGCACACAUGCACUGCGUACAUUAAAAGUAAACAAGAGAAAUACAUCAAGGCUGCUUCCUUUGACAACAGAUGUUGUUGCACUGUCCAAUUAUGUGAGAAAAGAAACAAAAGAGGGAAAACAGAAGCUGAACAGCUGCAGUAGUGAUGAGACCCUUGACAGAUGGAAACAGUUGGCUGAGGUUACCCUGACCCAGGUGUGUGUUUUCAACAGGAAGCGUCCGGGAGAAGUUUCAAAGAUGCCCCUCAGUGAUUACAAGUGUAUCACAAAAGGAGAAGGUGGAAUAUUUGGUGAAGGCCUAACCAAAUGGGAAAAGGCGUUGUGCAAUGUGGUAUGGAGGGUGGAGAUUAAUGGGAAAUGCAAUAACACUGUACCCGUUUUGCUAACAGAUGACAUGAAAGGCAGCAUUGACUUGUUGAUGGAGAAAAGGUCACAAGUAGUCAAUGAUGGAAAUCCCUACUUGUUUGCAAACCCCGAUGGAAGAGGCCACUUGAGAGCAACUGAUACAGUGCGAAAUCAUGCCCAAAAGUGUGGAGCAAAGUAUCCAGAUCAGCUUAGAUUGACAAAACUCAGGAAGCACAUUGCUAUCAGCUCUCAGAUCAUGAAUUUGAAGGAUAAUGAAGUGGACAUUUUAGCCACCUUCAUGGGCCAUGACAUAAGAACCCACAGAGCCUACUACCGCCUGCCAGAUGCGUCACUGCAAGUAGCAAAGAUUUCUAAAGUACUCUUCAGCAUGGAGAAGGGAGACCUAAAGGCAAUGGCAGGAAAGACGUUGGAUGAUGUUCGUGUAGAUGCAGAUGAAGAAUGCAACAUAGAUCCAGAUGUUGAUGAUGAUCCUGACAACGAAGUGAACAGGCCCGAUGAUGCUGUUUUGAUGGAUGAGAUGUCAGACAAAGAAAAUGAAGGUAUGAGCAUGCCGCAGCAAAGCAGAAAGAAGAGUGACCAAGUUGCAAACAAGGAAAGUGACCGUGGUGCCAGCAGAAAGAAAAGGAGUAUCAGACAAUCUUGGACAGCUGAAGAAAAACAAGCAAUACACAGACACUUUAAAGAAGAACUACGCUCACGCCAACUGCCCGGUAAAGAAAAAUAAUGAAGUACUGCAAGAUGGAUGCAGACCUGAAGGGUCGUACUAAAAGGUGGACAACAGUCAAAGAUUUCAUUAGAAACCAAAUUAGAAAGACAAAUCCACUGGAUUUUUAGUGAAUUUUCAACCUGUUAUGAGUGAAAUUAAUCAUGUUCAUCACACUCCGCAAUUUUGGAUGAAAUCUUUUCAGGUACUGACAUGCGUAAAAUGUGGUUGCUUCUUAUUCAUAUAACCCACUUACUGGUUUCCUUGAUGAAGGGCUGUGCUUUGGAAGAGGUGCACCUUUAUAUAGGUUAACAGUUAACUCCAUGGCCAGGAAGCAUACUGUGUGUAAAGCAGUGUAUGGUUCUGCAAGUCAAAUGGGAACUUAAUAGGAAAAACUUAAUUACCUGCCCAGUUGGUCAGGGCCAGGGAGUAGACUUGUGUCUAACAGUAUGUAUACUGUAUAGAAGAUUGUAAGGCAAAUGGGAACUUUUGUGCUAAAGUUGUUUGAUAAGCCCCAGUUUGCCAGGUUAACGUUUUGCAGUUUAAAUGAUGACUUACAGGUCAAUUUUAUCAGCUCCCAUAUCACCAGAUGGUCAACGUCAGUGAGCAUCACAUGUGUAACAAUGUGCAUAAAGGUUUACAGGUCAAACUCCAACUUUGCUCACUUCCCCUAGAUUAGGUUCAUGGUUGAUAGGACUCGUGAUAGGACUAGAUGUAUAAUGUUUUCCAUAUCAACUGGGAAUUAAGAGCCAACUGUGAUCAGGUCCUCAGUUGGCUUAGACCAUGACAAGGAAGCAUCCACAUGUGUACACUAUGUAAAAUAAAGUUUGCAGGUCAAAUAGGGACUUUAGGCCAACUUUGCUUGGCUCCCCAGUUAAAUAGGCCAGUAUGUAAUGUUUUGCAAUCAACUAGUGACUUAUGGGCAAUUUUGAUCAGGUCCUCAGUUGGCUUGGGUCCGAUUACCAGGAAGCAUCCGCAUGUGUACAUUGUGUGAAAGUUAAGUUUGUAGGUCAAAUGGGCACUUUUGGUCAACUUUACUUGGCUCACCAGUUGAUCAGGGCCAUGAUGACUCGUCAAAGGACC